GGAUGGACUCCUUCCGGCCUCGCUACUACACCCCGAAGGAGGUGGCGGUGCACAACCGGCCUUGGGACCUCUGGGUCUCCUACUUGGGGAAGGUCUAUGACCUCAGCUCCCUGGCUGCGGCCUACAAGGGUGAUCUCUUGUUGAAACCUAUCCUAGAAGCAGCCGGGAAAGACAUUAGCCACUGGUUCCACCCCAAAACCAAAGAUAUACUGACACAUAUUGACCCUCUAACAGGAUGCCUCAAGUACUAUACUCCUCAAGGUCGCUUUGUGCACAUUCCACCUCCGCUGCCUCGUUCAGACUGGGCCAAUGACUUUGGUAGGCCCUGGUGGAAAGAUGGCAGGUAUGAGGUGGGCAACUUGUCUGCCAAAACCAGGCACAUCCGGAUCAUCAACACUCUGACCUCUCAGGAGCAUCCCCUGGAGAUAUGUGCAGAGGAAUCCAUGUGGGAGAUUUUGCGUCGAUACCUACCCUACAAUGCCCACGCGGCCAGCUACACAUGGAAGUAUGAAGGCAGGAACCUAGACAUGGACAAGAACCUUCAGCAGAACCGCAUUCCAGAUGAGGAUGAGGAGUUCUACAAGCUCAACAUGGAUGCGGAUUCCUUCACGCCAGCUGUCUUGCUCUACUUCAACGAUGACCUCACUGAGCUCUAGGGCACAUUCUGUGUCUGCCCCAAGUGCAAAGAUGCAGCACCUGCUUUUCCUGCACUGAUCAUGAAGAUGUUCCCUCUCAACCCAUCUUGGAAUCAGGUAUUGAGAAGAUAGCCAGAAGUGUGGCAAUACUGACAACUCAUGCUGGAUUUGAGGGAUAAAACUCAUUGAAACAUUUUCUGGUUUGGAGGUGUUGUUCUCUUGUAACGAA